AUGACCUACGUCUACCCACCACAGUACCAUCAUGCCACCUAUCGCUAUCCAUAUCUACCGUAUACAGAUCACUACAGUAUCUACCGUACCCAUCCGGGAAUUGGAAAUGGUGGAUGUGGAGGAAGCGGAGGAUGCGGUGGUGGCUAUGGAGGGUAUGGAGGAUAUGCUCAACAGUACCAGGGAUACGGUAGCGGAUGCUCGGGAGGAGGUGGAGGAUCUGGAUGCGGUGGAUACGAUGAUGAUGAUGAGGAUGAGGAUUCCUAUGAGGAUAGUGAGGAGAGUGGAAAGAGUGGAGAGGCCAAGAUCAAUAAGAAGGAUCCAUUGGAGGAUUUGGAGUUGGAGGAUCUGGAGAAGUUGUCUAAAUCUGAUUCUGGAGAUGUAAAAUCUACAUCUUCUACGUCUGAUGACCUAGAAGAGCCAGAACCGACUGAAAUCAAAAAAACAAAGUCACAUACAGACGACGAGGACUUGAUUGAUGACCGGAAGAAACAUGCGAAACGCAAUUUUUUAAUUAAAUGGGCUUAA